UCAGGGUUCGUUAAGGCUCAUUGGAUGGAGGAUUGGUAUUUUGGCUACCAGUGUCUGAACGGCAGCAACCCUCUCAUGCUGCGUGAGACCCGCCACCUCCCUCCAAACCUGUCUGUCACCUCUGACAUGCUCCGCCCCUUCCUGCCUGAAGGCUCCUCCCUCGAAAAAGAGCUACAGAAAGGCAACAUUUACCUGUUGGACUACGAGGUUCUAGACGGUGUUCCAGCCAACGUGAUCAAUGAAAAGCAGACGUAUCUGUCCGCCCCGCUGUGCCUUCUCCACCUGAACCAGCAGGGGCAGCUGCUCCCCAUCGCCAUCCAGCUGCAGCAGAAACCUGGCCCUCAGAACCCGGUCUUCCUGCCCUCUGACUCUGGCUACGAUUGGCUGUUGGCUAAGAUGUGGGUUCACAGUGCAGACUUCCAGUGCCACCAGCUGAUCUCACAUUACCUGCGGACUCACAUGAUGGCAGAGCUGUGCUGCGUGGCCACGCUGCGGCAGCUCCCAGAUGCACACCCACUGCACCAGCUGCUACUGCCGCACGUCAAGACAUCUUUAAAGAUAAACUUCGGGGCCAGAGCGUCGCUGCUGGCCUCCAAAGGACUGUUUGAUCAGGCUGUCGGUUCUGGUCUGGCGACAUUACCCCUUCUCCUCUCCAGGGGAUCGGCCAGGAUUUCCUAUCGAACCCUGUGCGUCCCCGAAGACUUGAGCGACCGCGGUUUGGACAAACUGCCGCAGAGCUUCUACGCUCAGGACGCUCUGAGGAUCUGGGACACAGUGCACAGGUUUGUAACCAGCUGGGUGGAACUGUAUUACCAUGGAGACGACGCGGUGCAGCGUGACCCCGAGCUCCAUGGUUGGCUCACAGACAUCAACGCUCACGGCUUCAGUAAUGGUUUCCCUCAGCGCUUUCACACCAGAGCAGAAGUGGCCAAGUUUGUCACUGCGCUCAUCUACUCCUGCUCUGCUCUGCACGCUGCCGUCAACUUCUCCCAGCUGGACUUUGCCUUCUGGGUGCCAAACUGUCCGGUCGCCAUGUUGCGCCCUCCUCCGCAGGUCAAAGGCGCCGUCACAGAAGAUGACAUCAUGUCCUUCCUGCCAGAUGUGAACACGACGUGCCGCGUCCUGAUGGCGCUGAAUGGGCUGUCGCAGCCAGCCAUCGACUUUGUUCCUCUCUGUCACUACAAGGAGGCUAUUUUCAGGGAGGACGCUCACCGCAGGCUGUUGGAGGAGGUGCAGGCACAGCUCCGGGACAUCUCUGACGCCAUCGCAGAGCGUAACAGCCAGCUGGAGCUGCCGUAUCCGUACCUGAGCCCCGAGCGCAUCGAGAACAGCGUGGCCAUUUAGUAACUGUCAUCGUCCUCACCUGCGAUCAUCAUUUCCAACAGGAAAAAAACCUCUCCAUGCACCUAAUUAUCGAUAAUCGUUCCUGUUUUUUAAAUCUGAUCAUGUGACGGACUAAUCGUUUCUGCUGGGAUACUUCUCUUCAAACCGCAACAUUUUUCACGUACUAACUUUUUUUUUCUUCGAGGUGACUGUAACGCGCCUUAAACUCAGAUGUUCUCCGACUCUGGUGAAGGACUCACGAUGAAAUUAAUGUCUUGCUUUGUGAGCUCACCAAAUUACUUUGUUUGGCGUCAAUGAAGUGACUUGGUGUGAGCUCACACUGUGUUACAUGAGUACACGAGUUUAAAUAUUAGAGUAAGUCUCUAUUAUUCUAAUGUCUAAGGAGCUUGGAAAGAAAUCAUCUUGACCUUAAG